GUUUCGAAAACAAAGGUUGAUAAUUGAUGUUGUGAUAGCUGCAGGCAUUUAAGUAGUUUGAACUAUUUCUCAGCGCUAAGAAAGAAGAAAUUUCUAUUUAUAAUCAACUGCGGAAUAAAAUAACCAUACCCAUUUGUCAGCAUUAUCAAUCUUCUACUUUUUCUACUUUGUUUUAUCUGUUCACUAUAAGUUUCAGCUGUUGAAAUAACAGGUAAUGCUAUUUUGUUUUUUUCGCUCGAAAUUUCAAAUACAAUUUUCAAAUUUCAAUUUAUUAUUACUCUAUUUAUUAUGCGGAAUGAAAUAUCCACACUCAUUUGUACCAAUUUCAAUCCAUAAUCGGGUGGCUUCCAGUUGAACAUUCACCAUGACAACGUUACCGGCAUUAUGUGACACUGUCAUUUGAACCAAUAUGUUGAACUUGUUUCAUUAUAAUAUUCUGUUGAUUCUCAUUUGUAGGCCAUGUACAAGUAUCCUGGACUUCCCGAGUGAUAACAUUCGCAGGUUACGAGUAUUGGAUGUUAUCGGUGGUUAUCCAAAUUUUUUCGGGGCAAUUUAUAUCCAUGAUGGCCCGAAUAAUAAUGUCCUGAACCGUGUUAGGCCAGAGUCGAAUCGAUUUGUACCAUUUUCAACACUUUUGCAUUUUGCUAUUAAAAGAGCUGAUUGUUCGAAUUUAACUUCUGCCAGUUUGAAAUGUGGAGUGAUUUGUCCAAAGAAUGAUCCAAACUGUACGAUAAAGCAGCAAGUUGAUGAAGAGGGAGGUUUAUUGGAAGCUGCAACAAUGUUCGAAAAGGGAACCAUCAAUGGUUAUGUUUAUGGUGACGAAGUACGCACCAAUGGUCAACUGUCACUCUUAAGACCAGAUGCCAAUGGACUUUGCACGCAUUCGUAUAAGCAAACAAUGAAUUACAAAAUAAAUUAUACAGCUAGUUGCCGAUGGCACUUCAGUGUAGAAAAGGGUUGUAAUGUCAGUGACCUCAUAAAAUUUCUUUCGAAUCAGAUGAGUGGUACCGAAGUAUGUGAUCAAACCGGUGGUCGAUGCGUUGUGCCGAUCUUGAGAGAUAUGGCUACUGCAUCAAGUGAUCAGAAAUGUGAUAAUUACUCUGUAAUGAGUGCUCGUUUAGCUACUCAACAAGGGUCGAUUCUGGGAAUGUUGAUUGAAUUUCUACCAUCUCCGAACAAGUGUCGCGAAAGCUACUGCAUUUUGACAACAAAAAUAUCGUUCCAGGAAGUUACGCAACGAUUGUUGGACAGAAUGAAAAUGUCGAAAUAUGAGAAUAGUGAAGGUCGCUUUCGAUGUCCAUCCGAAAUAACAUGUCUAGCAGAAUUACUUUAUUUCUUAGAUACGUUUGAUCUUGGAGAAUUUUCAGCACAGUUUUUUGUGUUAAUACCUCUCUUUGUGUUACUUCUAUUGUAUGUAGCAUAGAAAAAUGUCAAGCCUACAUCUGAAAUUUGUUUCUCGUUUUAUUACUAGCAAAUAUAAAUAUGUAUUUAUGACAAUCUUUAAAAAGUAUACGAUUCAAAAAUGCUCCAACAUACAGUUGCUUU